AUGUAUGCAUAUCUACAAUUUACUGUUGUUUCUGUGUUAGUUUCUUUAGUCUUUCUCUAUUCAUUGCUUGAAAAGACAAAGAAAUGCAGCAACAGCAAAGAGGCUCCUGAACCAGCUGGUGCAUGGCCUAUAAUUGGCCACCUUCACCUUCUUGGUGGUAGUGAUCAGCUUCUCUACCGAACACUAGGAGCAAUGGCUGAUAAAUAUGGCUCAGCAUUCAAUAUUCGCCUAGGUAGUCGCCGAGCUUUUGUUGUGAGUAGCUGGGAAGUAGCAAAGGACUGCUUCACCAUCAAUGACAAGGCACUAGCUUCACGUCCAACUACAGUAGCUGCAAAGCACAUGGGGUACAACUAUGCUGUGUUUGGAUUUGCACCCUACAGCUCCUUCUGGCGUGAGAUGCGAAAGAUUGCAACACUUGAACUUCUCUCAAAUCGUCGGCUUGAGAUGCUCAAGCAUGUUAGGUUCUCUGAAGUUGAGAUUGGGAUAAAGGAGCUACACGGUUUAUGGGUUCAAAAUGGCUCUAGUCCUUUGCUUGUUGAUCUUAAACACUGGUUAGAAGAGUUGACACUGAAUGUGGUGGUCAGAAUGGUUGCGGGGAAACGUUAUUUUGGUUCCUCAGCUGCCUCUGACAGUGGCGAGGCAAGGAGAUGUCAAAAAGCAAUCAAUCAGUUCUUUCAUCUGAUUGGCAUUUUUGUGGUUUCGGAUGCACUUCCAUUUCUGGGGUGGUUGGAUUUGCAGGGGCAUGAAAAGGCAAUGAAGAAGACUGCUAAGGAGUUGGAUUCUAUAUUGGGAGGUUGGCUGGAGGAGCAUCGUCAAAGGAGAGUUUCUGGUGAGGUUAAGGCCAACGGUGAGCAAGAUUUCAUUGAUGUCAUGUUGUCACUUCAGGAAGAUGGUCAACUCUCAAAUUUUCGAUAUGAUGCAGACACUAGCAUCAAGUCUACUUGCCUGGCACUUAUCCUUGGCGGCAGUGACACUACAGCAGGGACGCUGACUUGGGCCAUCUCAUUACUUCUAAACAAUCGAAAUGUGUUGAAGAAGGCACAGGAAGAAUUAGAGCAUCAUGUUGGAAUGUAUAGACAAGUUGAAGAAACGGACAUAAAAAACCUUGUUUAUCUUCAAGCAAUUAUCAAGGAAACUCUUCGUUUAUAUCCAGCUGGUCCGCUCUUAGGACCGCGUGAAGCAUUAGAAGAUUGUAACGUUGAUGGCUAUAAUGUUAAAGCUGGCACUCGCUUGGUGGUGAAUGUAUGGAAGAUUCAAAGAGACCCAAGGGUUUGGACCAAUCCGUCUAGUUUUCAACCAGAGAGAUUUCUCACAAGCCAUGUGAAUGUUGAUAUUAGAGGUCAAAACUUUGAGCUUAUUCCUUUUGGGUCUGGCAGAAGAUCAUGCCCUGGUGUGUCAUUUGCCAUCCAAGUCCUUCACUUGACACUUGCUCGUCUACUUCAUGCCUUUGAAUUUGCAACCCCAUUGGAUAAGCCUGUUGACAUGACUGAAAGCCCUGGUUUAACAAUUCCAAAAGCAACUCCAUUGGAGGUUCUUCUUACUCCGUGCCUCCCGGCCAAACUCUAUGGCUAUUGA